UGGCUUAAAAGCAAAACUAAAAAUAAAUGCAAUUUGUGAAAUGUGUGUCAUUGUGCCUGUGUUAGUGACAAACUGAAGCUGUAAAAGGCAUCUUGGAGCUCAGCCUUUGUGCUGUCUAUAGAACUUGCGGCAGUGCAGGAAAAGCGGGCAUGUCCACAGCCAAAAGGCUGGUGCUCUCGCUACGUGGAAGAAAAAACUCACAGGGGAACUCAGCCACAUCAUCGACGCGCCUGGUCUCCUCACCCGGUCAUGAGCUGGACGAAAUAGCCGUUGUUUCGGGCACUGGUACCUCGAGCCAUCACUUCUCCUAUGGCGGCUGCAUCGGCGCUGGGCAGAACCACAGCACCACCGCCCGAUAUUCGACAGCGGCUCAACCACAUAUCGCUUACUUGCGUCGUAUUCCGGCAAUAGAUGCCGACGACGAUAAUGAUGGAAAAGACGAUGAUGGCGCUAUUGCAGAUGAUUCUGUUGAUAUUGAUGAACGGUCGUUGAGUCGUGCGGGUCCAGUGCAGCAUGAGAAGGCGUCCAGUCGUAGUCAAUUCAGAAUUGGUGGCACAAAUACUACGAAGAGCGGCAACGAAUAUACUAUAUACAAUAGCAAUAGCGGUAGCAACAAAAAUAAAAUCAAUAUUCAAACACAAUUCACAUCAGCAACAACAAUAACGAAAACUACAGCAACAUCAACAUCUAGACCGCGACCAGCAAUCCAAACACAGAUGUCUGGGCUGCAAAAAGCUCGAGCCAGCUUCCCGGAAAUAAUGCAGCCGCGUCUCUCACUGAAUGGCAUGUUAAAUCCGUCGUUAAUGCCCUCGCCGCGGCCGCUAUAUCGCGAUCCCAGCUCGCGUUCCAUUAAUCCGCUGACUGCGUAUGAGCAGCAGAUGGCCGAACUGGAUGGAAGCUUCUAUGCGAGCAAUGCGAGCUAUUUGGGCGCCGGAAUGGGCGGCAGUGCGGGUGGCGCCACAACGUGUACAAAUCUGACAGUGGGUGGCACGAGUGGUGCUAGCGCAGCAGCUAGCGGUACUGGCAGUGGUGUGGCUGGUGCCUUCCACACAACCGAAUUGUCGCUCACACCAACAAUGGCGGGGGAUGAGCAGUUCAUUGACUUGGGUAGCUUACGUCGCUUCUCAAUCGAUCGGCAGAGCUUUCUCGAUCUAGGACCAAAGUUUGGCAUGUCCCAGCCUAAAUUUGGGCAGAGUGUUUCGCAACAAGGUUUCUUUACUUCGCACGAUAGUCUGGCCCUAGCCACACCAUGCGUUUCACGAGCCUCCAACUCGCAUAUGGCCACUGUAAGCACUGCCUCCGAAAUGGAUUUACUGAACAACAAACAACGCCACAACAAGUCGCGAGGACGUCUGAAAACCGCGAGCGGCGAGCAGCCGCUCUUGGGCACCUGGAACCGCUCAACGGGCCGCGGCUCGCAGGACAACACACUGGUCAGUGUCGGGGGUACUAGCAGUGCUGUUGGCCCCCCUUUAGGGCACCCCGUCACUCAGUACGGUGGCAACUUUUGCAACGGCACUGAUCGCUACCCGCGCUCCCGCUCCAGCGCUGCCACGCUGACAUCACAGCACCAGAUGCACCAUAGCGCCUCUGCUCAUCAGGCUCACCACCCAUACCAGCUACAGCACUCGGCAUCGACGGUGUCGCACCAUCCGCACGCGCACCACCAACACAACCCGGGUGGCGGGCCACCGCACCAUAACCACCCGGGACACGGGCAUCAUCAGAAGCCUCACCGCACUGCCUCGCAGCGAAUAAGAGCUGCAACAGCCGCGCGCAAGCUUCACUUUGUGUUCGAUCCAGCGGGGCGACUGUGCUAUUAUUGGUCCAUGGUCGUCUCAAUGGCUUUCCUCUACAACUUUUGGGUGAUAAUCUACCGUUUCGCGUUCCAGGAGAUCAAUCGACGCACAAUUGCUAUCUGGUUCUGCUUGGACUAUCUGUCCGAUUUUCUGUAUCUCAUCGACAUUUUCUUUCACUUUCGCACCGGAUAUUUGGAGGAUGGGGUCCUGCAAACAGACGCCUUAAAGCUUCGCACUCAUUACAUGAACUCAACAAUAUUCUAUAUUGACUGCCUGUGCCUGCUGCCGCUGGACUUUUUAUAUUUAUCGAUUGGCUUCAACUCCAUACUGCGCUCCUUUCGCCUUGUCAAGAUCUAUCGGUUCUGGGCUUUUAUGGACCGCACGGAGCGGCACACCAACUAUCCGAAUCUGUUUCGCUCAACGGCGCUGAUUCACUACCUGCUUGUGAUAUUCCAUUGGAACGGCUGUCUCUACCACAUAAUACAUAAAAACAACGGGUUUGGUUCACGCAACUGGGUCUAUCACGACUCCGAGUCCGCCGAUGUGGUCAAACAGUAUCUGCAGAGCUAUUAUUGGUGUACUCUGGCCCUAACAACAAUCGGCGAUCUGCCGAAACCCCGCUCCAAGGGCGAAUAUGUGUUUGUGAUAUUGCAAUUAUUAUUCGGGCUAAUGCUAUUUGCCACAGUACUCGGUCACGUGGCCAACAUUGUGACGUCGGUCAGUGCGGCGCGCAAAGAAUUUCAAGCCAAACUGGACGGCGUCAAGACGUACAUGCGCAUGCGACGUGUGCCAAAUCAUCUGCAGGUGAAGGUCAUCAAAUGGUUCGAUUACCUGUGGCUCACGCAAAAAUGUUCAGAUGAGGAGCGUGCCGUAUCUUGUCUUCCUGAUAAAUUAAAGGCUGAAAUAGCAAUUAACGUCCAUUUAGAUACACUUAAGCGGGUUGAAAUUUUUCAAAAUACUGAAGCCGGUUUCCUCUGCGAAUUGGUUUUACGCUUGCGACCCGUACUCUUCUCGCCGGGGGACUACAUCUGUCGCAAAGGCGAGGUGGGAAAAGAGAUGUACAUCGUGAAUCGCGGACGUUUGCAGGUGGUCGCCGACAAUGGAAAAACGGUGAUGGCUUCGCUGAAGGCAGGUUCCUAUUUUGGCGAGAUUAGUAUACUGAACAUGGGCACAGCAGGCAAUAGACGCACCGCCUCGGUACGUUCCGUUGGCUACAGCGACCUCUUCGUUCUCAGCAAAAAGGAUAUGUGGGAUGUGCUAAAGGAAUAUCCGGCGGCACGUGUUCGCCUUGAGUCGAUUGCUGUGAAACGCUUGGAGAAAUAUAAAAAGGCGCCACUCGAGAAAGUCAAAUACUUUAAUGUAGUUGCCAUGGGCCGCUGCCAAUCGACGCCGGGUCUGGUGGAGAGCUGUGGUCGCACUUCACUGGAGGAUAUGUGGCUGCCACCGGCAUCGGCAUCAGCUCCAGCUCCAACCCCGGCACCAGCUCCAUCAAUGACGCAUCACGUGCAGCAGCACACUCAGCCGCAACCGCCGGCACCACAGCAGACGUCGCAUGGCGUCGGCUACAGUCCGCGCUCCGGCUUCAGCUACGGGGAACGCUUGGCUCGUGUCACAGAUUCGCCACGUUCCAUGAGUCCCAGUGCACAUGGCUCGGAGGAAAGGCCGCGCAGUCGAGCCACCUCGCACCACUCGAUGCGUCCGCACUCUCAGCCCAGUCACACAGGUCACAUAUGCGACUCAAGCUCUCACCUUAAUUGCUACGAUGCCAGUACAUCGGGAGUCGGUGGUGGGGGGGAUGGCACAACACCGUUGCUGGGCUCACACGAGGCACUGGAGGAUGAAAUUAAACGACUACGAGAACGACUGCACACUGUGGAGUCCGAGAAUCAAGCACUAAAUACGAAGUUGUCGCAACAGCAAUGGGAUCUGGAAAACCGACUGGCCGAAAUUGAAAUGCAAAUAUGUGGCGUCUCAUCAACAUCCAGUGUGGACCCGGAAAACGAGACUGAGGAGCUUGAACGCAAUCGCGAGAGUAUCAUAUAACACGGGAGAGUGCUGCCCCAUCAGCAUCAGCCGAUCGGAGCAGCAGCUGCUAGUAAGGACAGAAAGGACAACGCAAGAGGCGCGCCAUCAACUGCAAACCCGCAGGGGUUCAAGCGCCCCACCAACCAUGCCACACAAACAACGCAACCCUGGAAGGUGCAUCAACACCAACAUCAACAUCGCUACCCUCAGUCCCCCGCACAAGUUAUGGGCCACAUAGUUCCGCCAGAUGCGAAUGCAGACGCCAACGGCGGGCAACGACAGACGCCCUCAGCCAAAUAUUGUUCGUUAUAGGUAGCUGGGGUAUCUGGGAUGUAUCUUGGCCACAACUGUACGGAUUUUUUGUUCAAUUGUUAUGACAAAAUUUUGUUAAAUACUUAGCAUUCACUUUCAAUGCCAUUUAAAAUAGUUUUUACUUACAUGUAGCUGUGGGCUUUCAUACCUCGAUAUACGUCUA